ACCGACCUGUAGCUGUUGUUAACCUUCAGAUGGUUAGUCAUUCCAGUGUGUAGUGUGAUUCCUUGGACAAUUAUUGGUGCUUCCCUCAAACAUCAGCAUAAUGCGUGAAGAUCCGUAGAAGGAUUGUUCACUGCCCUUUACUACGCCGAUAUCCAGUACGCAUACACACACACACACGGCGACGACGACUUGUUCGCGCGACUCAUGUGUCGUCGCUAGUUGGACAACACACGCGCCAAGCGACAGUUUAACGUGGGUUUUCCUGCUCCGUUGGUUCGGUUACUGUUAGUUCACGCGAAAGCGCCCGUACCGUCGGAUGUGGGCAGAAACUUGAAACUUCACCACCACGCCAUUUGCCGUCGAUCGGCUUCAAAAACGUUCCGUGGAGUUUACAUUAAGCAAAAUAUUAGUACGAUUUAAGAAACUUUUUAAAAAGCUGUGCUUUAGAAGAAAUGCUGGAUCGCGGAUCGUGGUGAUCGUUCCGCGUGUGUGUGUGUGUGUGCCCUUUCCAUGUAGCGCUUGACCCGCGGAAAUAAUCCAGCAAAAGGUGCCACAACCAGUGGAUGCUUCAGUGGUGAUCGUGAAUCGCAGCGAAUUGUGUCUGGUAGCGGCGAUCGAGCGUCGAGUAGUCGCCCAAAGUUGACUCGACCGUGUCCACAUAUGGAACAUUGUGGAUUUUCGUUUCCUGUCACGCACCUCCCCUGUCCCCGAAACGGUCACCCAGUGGUAGCCAUCAAUUAAAACCCCCAAAUCGUGAACCGUACAGCGUGUGUGUGUGUUGUGGAGAUCCGUUCCGGUGUCGUGCGUCGUGUCGAUAAAGCAGCAAAGAGUAUCAACAUACGAAAGCAGAAACCUCUGCACUUUGGUGAAGUGAUUGACGAUAUUCGUUGCUCGGUUGGAGUGUUUGCUAUAGUUAAGAGUGUCCAUUAUAACCACGGAGGAAGCAAACAUGAGCAACCAAAGGUUCCUCGAUUUGAGCCUAAGUAGCCCGCAAACUGCCUUGGCCGCAAGUUUGGCGACCAAUGAUCUGGCGGAAUUCAAACGAGCCCUUCGCAAUGGAGCCUCCGUGAAUGUACGAGAUCAGGAUGCUGAGUAUUCGAUCUUCGAGAUUGCCUGUUCAACACCCGGGAAGAAAGAUUUUAUUACUGCCUGCCUCAAACAGAGUGCACUUGUAGCAGAGAUCAACCCGACGACCAACGAAUACCCCAUUCACUUAGCAGCAUUGUCCGAAGACAGUGAAAAUUUGUCCGCGCUGCUCGAGAGCCACCGUAUAGUGAUCGAUCAAAAGUUUGAAGAUCGUACCGCGCUGUUUCUGCUGUUCGAGAACCUCUCUGGUGAUAAUUAUGAAAAAGUGUUCGAGUGCAUUAAGCUGCUGCUGAAACAUGGUGCCAACAUUAAUGCUACCGACGAAAACAGUGUAUCUCCAAUAGCGAAACUAGUGAAGGGAAAGGACCGCUGGCGCAAAGAUAUCCUCGAGUACUGUUUUAAACACUACGGCGUUAACGUGGACUUCCGUAAUCAACAGGCGAGAAAAUUGAUCGAAAAGAAUUUCCCAGACGUCACCAUCCCCUACUACGACAUGGAAACCAUAACGGUCGAGAUUCUCAGAAGCAAACUGUCGGCCGGUUUGGAGGAAGAUUUCCUAGAAGCGUUCCGCAAAUUCGGAGCCCAGAAAGGAACACUUGCUGAUAACGAUUUCAAGGAUUUGCUCUCGUUGGCGGUGUACCGUGCAAAGCUAGAAUCUGCCAAAACGCUACUUGAACCGAAGAUGACCAACGAAACGCUGCUCGAUGCGCCUCUUCUACUUUCGGGACUGUUGGCCAAAUGCUGUAAUCGUGGCAACGUGGAGAUGCUGCAGUGGCUUCUGAGCAUCAUUCCGAAGAAUGAAAUUGGUUUGAUUAACGAAGAUACGUUACUGUCUCUUCUGGUGAAGCAGAUCGAUGCAGCAAAAGAUAAAAAUAAGUGUCCUUAUUUCAAAAUCAUGAAACUAUUGCUGGAGGACGGAAGGAUCGACAUCGAUAAGCUGGAUAGUACCACCAAGCGUACUGCUUUGCAUUUUGCCGUAAAGUACAAAAUAGACCAUGCGCAAGAGCUACUGCUGGCUAAGGGAGCAAGCCUUAGUGUUGAGGACAUGUUCUCGGAGUUGCCAAUCACUGACAUGGAUCCGUUCCUGCUAGAAAAACAUCUCGACUCGUGUGUGUCUUCCAACGAUCGGAAACCGGGAGAUGAUGACUACGAAGUGAAGAUAGAUUUUUCCAAUUUCGUCCCGCCAACUCACAAAGCAAACAAUUCCGAUACAGCGCGGACACCGGCCGCUUUGCUGUAUGAAGAUGAAAUGUUACCAAUACUUCGAAUGGCACAAUACUCCGACAUGAAGCGUCUUCUACGACAUCCAGUGAUAUCCAGCAUAUUGUUGCUGAAGUGGAUCAAACUGAGUGUGUUCUUCUACAUCAAUCUGCUGAUCUGUACGGUGUUUUUCGUAUCGUUCAUCUUCUAUGUGGUGUUCUGCUAUGGACGAGAUGAAGCUCCGUUUAAACUGUUCUUCUACAGUCUAUCGUUAAUUGGGCUCGUCUAUUUGAUAUUAAGAGAACUCAUUCAGUUUUUGCUAAACAUGCGAGUGUACGUACGAUCUCCGGAAAAUUAUAUGGAAAUUGCUCUGAUACUUGCUGCUUGCUCCGUAUUGCUUUACGAGUUCGGUGAUGAUGCUCGGCGAGUGGCGUCAGCGCUAGUUAUACUGUUGACGGCGCUGGAAUUCACAUUGCUUGUGGGAACGCUUCCACUACUAUCCAUCUCAACUCAUAUGGUGAUGCUGAAGACGGUUUCGAAGAAUUUCCUGAAAUGUCUGGUGCUGUAUUCGAUCAUUCUGCUAGCCUUCGCCUUCAGCUUCUAUACAUUAUUCCGUGUAAAUGACUCAAAUCCUGCGGAUUCGGCCACGACAUCCGAAGCACCGGGUGGAGACGACGACCAGUUCAAUCAGUUUAGCGACAUACCUUUGGCUCUAAUGAAGACCGCUGUUAUGCUGACCGGCGAAUUUGAAGCGGCAAACAUAAAAUUCCAGGGCGUCACCUACGUAGUGUUUGCCCUUUUCUUGUUUUUCGUCUCAAUAGUUCUGUUCAAUCUAAUGAAUGGUCUUGCUGUCAGCGAUACAACGAUCAUCAAGGCUGAAUCGGAGCUCAUUGGUUUAAUACAGAAAGUAUUCGUGAUCUACAAAUACGAAAACGCUUUGAAAACAUCAAAACCUAUCCGAUGCAUAACCGACAACAUGUCCUGGCUGUAUCCUGCCAAUAGUUUGCAGCUGUUCCCGAACACAGUCCCGCUUCGACACAUUACCAUCAAACCCAACAGAUCGAACACCAUUUUGAUACCGUCACUUGUGGAGCGUGGAUCGCUAGACCCGGAGAAAGGAACGCUGGAGAUGAAAAGAAGCGCUGAAUCCGAUCGUAUGCUACCCCAAACCGACACAUUCAGCACCCAUUGUUGUGUGUUCCGGUUUAACCGUGGGAUGGAUGGUAAAAUUGUGAAAUAUGCACUGGAAAUUUUGCACUCUCGCCAGGAAAACGUCGGUUCGAUCGAGUACAGAAUAACACGCAUCGAGCAGAGCCUUGAAAGCAUAAAAGCAAUGAUUCUCGCCUUAUCCUCAAAGUAAUGCAGCAUAAAGGCUUGCUACCAAUCUGACAAUCAAACAAUCGCAUAUUGUUUAUAUGAGCACGGAUGGAAUUGAUGAAAUGAUUGUAACGGGUACUAAUGUUUCUAGCAUUCAUUUGGCAAGCGAAAGUGCCUUUAUGGAUUAUGUUUUCCAAUUACAUUUUAUAGAGCUACCAAUUCCAAGUGAGAGUAAACGAUCUGAUAAGGCCUAUUCAUUGCCUAUUUUAACCAAGCACACAAAUCCACUUGUUUAUAUCACAUUUACGAAUAAAAAAGGAUAAUAAAUUAUUUUUAUUGUUAAUGAA